AUGGCGUCGUUGUUUUUGGCAGCGUUCAGCUCUGAGCGCUGGUAUGGCAGCCCGACUGACGCAUCGCCGACGCUAUGUGCUGGGCACGUCGCUCAUGACUUUCAAGCUCGCGAUAUUCGUGACUUCGAGUGGAAGCUGAUCCGGAAGCUGGCCACGCUACUUCUGCUGUUAUCAGAGAGACUCUCCUAUUGA